AUGAAACUUAAUGUUUUUGUCGUUUUCUUCGCGCCGACGGUUCUUGCUACAACAAAAGUAUGGAAUCUAAGUGGUAGCUGCAAUGCUGCCAACGUCUGCGACGUGGAUACAGCAUUCAAUAAUCCGAACAACCCGAAGGUGUGUAAUGGCAGAGCGGGACAGUAUGUUGGCACAGGUAUCAACGGAAGAACAUGGUGCAGUCCUCCAGGCACCAAAUGCACUUAUGUUUGGAGGUGCUAG